AUGUUUGCGGUCACCGGAACUCAAAUAUCGAAAUCGACAAUGAGAAUUGUUACAAGAAGUCCAAUUAGAAGAAACUUUAGAAAGAGAUGUCGAGGCUUCAAAGGCCUAGAGGUCAUCGGCGGAUCUGGACGAAAUUCUGAAACUAUUUGGCAUGUAAUCGAAUUUUCACAAUAUGGCCACGAUUCAAAAGAGGCGGAAAAUCGCACAAAUUCAAAAGGACUUCAAGUCCAAAUCGGAUACUGA